AAUAAAAAUAAAAAUCCCCUUCAUCACCAGCGUGGACCCUCUCAGGCAGGAACAAACAAGCCAACCCUGAUGAAGACGCCGCCUGAGCUUCCCACCAGUGUGGGCCGCCCGAGGGAGGGGUGCGUUAGAUUUGCGCGCCUGUGAAGAGCCGUCAAGCUCACAAUCAGCAAGGAAGAUGAUGGAGGGAUGGCUUUUAAGAAGGAGAAGAAGAAGAAGAACAUGAGGAGGGAGUUUACACCCACCACCAAGAGUGACGGGCUCGGACGCUGCCUGGAAGUCGCCGUGCGUCCCGCUCUGAAAAGCAAAGCCGGCUGUGAUGGAGGUGCCGGUAAGCGGACGUCCCUGCACUUCGGCGAGGCUCUGGAACUGACGCCGACGCAGGAAAUGCAGCGCCAACGGGUCUAUGUGUCUCCGCUGUGCACGCAUGCCUGCCAUACUGACCACAACAGUAAAGGGGCGGGGCCAGGUGAGUGGGGUCGCGUGGCUUCGACUUCGCCCCCCUCCUCCUUCCUCGUGCCGGCAGAGUCGAGCAAAAGACGGCGGAGGAGGAGCGCCUUACCUCACAAUCACCCCACCGCGAGGAGCUUCACACCGGCAGCAGACCUCCAUCUUCUGACGGCAUUUUUUUUCCCCUGCCCAGAGAACGCUAAAGCAAAGAGAGGAAGAGGAGCGAGGCGAAAGAGGAUAAUUGCGUUUCUGGCUGCCCCGUGGGAACAUGGGAUAUAUGACCUCAUCAUUCACCUGCGAGGCUCUCCACUGAACAACCCCACACAGUGCAGACGUAUGAUGGACGCAGCGGUCGAGGGUGACGACGCCCACCAAGCGGGGCCUUGUGAUGUCAUCGGCCGCACCCCGCCUCCCCCCUUUGUGCCCUCCCUCUGCAGCACUCCGAAAGAGGACGAGGACAGGAAGCCGGAGCAGCAGACCCUCGGCAAGCACGUGCAGCCAAAGAAAAAAGUCAAGGCCAAAGGCAAGCUGGUGCGCAGCAUGGCCGUGUGCGAGGACUCGCAGGAAGACAACCAGACCACAUCCGUCGUCUCGCCCGCCCGCAGCGAGGAAGACGCCACUUCCCGCCAGGAGGAAGAAGAGCAGGAAGCCGACGGAAAGAAAAAACUCUCCAAAGAGUCCAGCCUGGAGUACACCGACUCCACCGGCAUCGACCUGCAGCGCUUCAUCGUGGACACCCUGAACAGUAACCCCAGGGACCGCAUGAUGCUGCUCAAGCUGGAGCAGGACAUGAUGGACUUCAUCACCAGCGAUAGCCCCUUCAAAAAGUUCCCCCACAUGUCGUCCUACCACCGCAUGCUGGUCCACAGGGUGGCGGCCUACUUUGGCAUGGAGCACAACGUGGACCAGACGGGCAAGUCUGUCAUCAUCAACCGGACCAGCAGCACUCGCAUACCAGAGCAGCGUUUCCUGGAUCAGGUGCACGAGGACAAAGCCACAGAGAUCCAUCACUGGAAAAGCAUCUUGAAGCGGGACAACAGCGCCGAUGAGCAGACGCGACGCUACGCCUUACGCGAGAAGCAAAGCAAGUCUGUGGAGGAGAGGGAGGAGGAAUACCAACGAGUGCGGGAUAGAAUCUUCAGCCAAGAGCCUCCGUGCACGCAGGAGGGCGGCCAAGCAGAAAGCAGGACUGCGGAGGAGUGCAACCCGUACGCCGAGACCCAGAGGAGAAGGCAGCUCUUCAGGGGGAGCCAUGACAGCUCGGGCUCCAGCUGGACGGGGAGCAGCAGGCAGAGCAGCACGGACACGGACUGUCGCUACGGCAACGAGCCCCCGCCGUGGAGCAGCACCGACUCGGAUUCCUCCUACCAGUGGACCAGCCCCGCCCCCAAGCCUCACCAGGCCGCCAGUCACGGCUGGGACGGGCGAGGCGCAGCAGGCUCCAUCUCGCUCUUCAGAGUCUCCUCCGCCUGCCCCCACCCCUCCUCCCCCACCGCCAUGGCCGAGCCCGCCGCAAACCCCGCCUACAUCCUGGAGAACGGGAUCCCGCCGGGAAGCAUCCUUGUCAACCCUCACACUGGGCAGCCUUUCCUGAACCCUGAUGGAACCCCCGUGGUGUACAACCCACCUGCUGGCCAGCAGCCAAUCAGGAGCCAGAUGCAAGGCGCUCCGUCGCAGCAGCCGCCACCACAGGUGUACUCGUCCGUCUCCUACACGGCCCCACAGAUGCUAACCGUCGCUCCCUCGCAGCCAUUCCCCGCCGUACGUGUCCAACUUCCUGUUUGGUUGCCGACUUCCUGUUUGCACGCUAACAGUUGGCCUCCGCAGGUGGAUGAGCUGUCCUCACAGUUUGCACACGUGACCGUCAGCUGUCAGUCAUCAGGGGAAGCCCCGCCCCUUUACCCAAGCGCACAGAGCUUCGUCUAUGCAGCUCCUCCCCCUCCUCCUCCUCCUCCCCCCGCCGCCGCCAACCCCCACAGCUACUGCCAGCCUUCACCGCAGGUGCCUGCCUUCUACUACGGCCAGUAUCCUACCUCGCCUCAGAACCCCGUCAAAGCCGCCUCCCCCAGCUGCAACCCCGCAGGUUACGCCCCCGUGGUGGGGGUGCAGCAGCCGGUGCUGGGGGGCUACACGCCAAUGGCCCCCCACCACUGUAGCAUGGUUCAGGGGGGCGUGUCCAUCCCCUAUCCACAAAGUAAAGUUGGGGAGGCGGCCUACUGCUGCAUGGUGCCCCCGCCGCCCCCACACUGUGCCCACCCUGCCAGCAGUCUCAGCGGGCCCGCCUGGACCGCAUAGCACUUGAUGUGGAUGAAGUCAUCACACAGCACUGAUUUAGCGUCUACACCCCCCCUUCCCCCCCACCCUCACCCCACGUGUCUUUCUCCCCUCUGUGCCCACAUGUUCGCACAAACCACGCCCACUUUAUAACGCACUGUACCAAAGCUUCCAAGUCCAUAUAUUCAUAUAUUUAUCAAAGCUGCUGUAUUGAAUGCAUAGUUUCUACACACAAAUGGAGUUUUAUAUUGAUAUGAAAUGAUAUAUAUACAUAUAGUAUAUACAUAUAUAUAUAUAUUGUGAUUGACAGCAAAUGCACUGUGUGAAUAUCCAAUAAACAGACAUGGCGGCCUCGACGAGGUCACGUUUGCCUGUCAACGCCGUUCGGCUCUUUGCACUCGACUCCACAAGAAGAUUCAUUCCUAUUUCUACAAAUAGACCCGCAGCUGGGAUGUCCGACUCAUCAGAGACCCCUACUGGCCAAAGGCUGCAUCUGCAACCACUUGUUCUCCCCAUCAUCAGGAGCGCAUUAUAAUCACAAUAAUAAUAUUCACCGAUACAUCGAUGCGAAUGCGUUGGCUCAUUCACUGAGUAUGGAUGCAAUUGACGGGUGAAAUCUAGAUUCAUCGUGAUGCGUUUGUGGAUAACGGAAAAUCACGAUUCAAGCGCCGAUUUAUUAAUGUUCAACUCCACCCCAUAUGCUGUUCCCCAGGUGCCAUGAAUGCACCAUCGUUAUUUGGCGUUUUGUAUUGAAUACGGACGGAAGCCGUGAGGCACAUACAACUACGAGUAAAACAGCAUGGACGUUCGUAGCAAGGAGCAGCGAGGAACUUUCUUGAUUUAACCCCCCCCCCCCCCUCUCCCCUGAAAAGGGGGCACCCCAACACGGACAAGUCUACCGCACCCCCCCACCCCGUCUAGUUCCUCGUCGGACACCGGAAGAACCAAGCAAAUCAGGUCAGUGGAUCUUCAGCUGCUUUCCUAAUUGUCCAGGAGCUAUUUGUCCGUCCCAACAAGUGCCCCCCCCCCCAGCAGAGCAGUUGGCUUCUUCCUCAAUUGUGAAACAAUUUUAAAAGUUUUCCACUUUCUGCUCCUCACAACUGUAUUAGCCUAGCUGCUAGCUCAUUCAUAUUAGCAGUAUGUUGAGCAGACAGGAAUAUAAACAAACAUUGAUUCCACUGUUGAAAGUGUCACUUUAACUUUGCUGUUGCUGUACUGUAUUUUUUACAGCAGUAAUUAUUGAACCACUGCUACUGUAAUUGCAUAGUCGAUGGGAAAAAGUUGUUUUUGAAAAGUUGUUGUUUUAAGAUGGCAAAAAGGAUGAUCACGAAGUGGUGCAUAGUAAAAUAUGGACACAAAGUCAACUAUAAUUAGUGAUAAAAAGCAAUCAGAAUUGAUCAUUAAUGAUAUUACUCCUUCAUAAAGAAAUGUAAAAGGAAUGAAAAAUAUGUGAACGAAUUGGCAUUGACCUUUGUGUUGGAGUGUCGUUUCAUGAGGUUAAGGCUAAAGGCCGAGCUUGUGGCUUGCAGUUCUACACCCAAACGCUAGUGGGCAGUGAGGAACCACAAUUAAUGGCGUUGGUAAGGUUAGAAAGACUCUCAUUAGAUUACCCCAAACUGGAAAAGCUCUACUUUUAUUGCCAUUACCCCCAACACUGGCUAUCAUAUUGCAAUAAAUUCGAAUGUAUGAAUAUGUACUUCCUGACUCCAUUUGUCAUGAGAAUGUACUCCUGGAAUGUUUAAAGGAGAAACGUGAAAGUCCACAGAUGACUUCAGUGCCCUUUCUCCUUGACACCUGUAAUCACCUCCACUCCAACGUGUGUGUGUGUGUGUGUGUGUGUGUGUGUGAGAGGGAGAUAAUUCAUUUUUGAAGUGGAGCUGAUUCGCAUUUGGUAACAUCAAAGCCAAUGAAACGUAUCCAUCAUCCUUGCCCAACUUGGAAAUUAAAUUUGGAUUUCAUAACUGUGCCGCCGGAUGAAUAAUUGAAGCUGCGCGGCGGCUUUCAUAAAGCCCGCUCCU